AUGUGGUAUUUAGGGAGCUGGCUUUUCCCCAUUGUCUCAGCAUGCAUGUGGCUUGCCAUGCUGCUUGCCAUGUUCAUCCACUGGGAAGUGAUUGGACACCCGCACUACCCGUCCAUGGAGAAGGGCCAACGAAUAGCGUACAUCAGUGACGUUGGCGCGUUUGGGCUCAAACCGCUCUUCAUCACCGGAUGCGUGAUCACGACGGUAUCUCUGGACUUGGGCUUCAUGGCCGAGCGCUGGCUCCGACACACGGGUCGACUGGUGCCCAACACAUCCACUGCCCAAAAGGUGCUGUCGAGCAUCGCCAUCGUUUUCGCAGUUGCCGGGUCCGCCGGGUUGAUUCUGCUGAGCAUCUUCGACACCUACCACCACCCCAAACUGCAUGACGGGUUCCUGCUGCUCUUCAUCGGCGGCUAUGUCUUGUCCGCCGUCUUCCUGUGCGCCGAGUACCAGCGUCUCGGCAUCCACUACCGACACCACCGUAUCCUUCGGAUCUCUUUUUACGUCAAGUUAUUUUUCAUCCUCAUCGAAGUCGCCAUGGCCAUUGUCUUCGCCAGCACCACCUUUACCAAACACCAGAAUAUCGCGGCCAUCUUUGAAUGGCUGGUCGCCCUCAUCUUUACAUUCUAUGUCCUCUCGUUCCUGCUAGAUCUCUUGCCCAGUGUGAGGACAAAGAACCAUAUCCCCCAGGGCUGGAGGGAAGCUCAGCUGGAAAAGGCCGCCGCCGGUCUUAAUGGGGCCCACGAUGGGCCAGGUGCUCCUAUCACCUCCGACUCUGCUGGGCCGAACCAAAACUCGAGCGUGGAUGAUGAUGCGUCUCGCGGUUACCGCGGUACGGCCAUGACCAACGGUGCCGGCCCCAACGUCGACCUCAGUCUGGUUCGUACAGAGAGCAGAUGGAAGUUUGGCGGGUUCAGACUUUAG